UAAUGGUGAGGGAAAUAAGUGAUGAGAGUGAGAUUCAGGCGCCGGCGGCCAAAGUUUGGAAGCUCUACGGCGGUCUUGAGAUAGCAAAAUUCAUCCCAGUUCACCUCCCUAAUCUCAUCCACAAAAUCGAGGUCCUCGAAGGCGACGGAGGCGAAGGAACUCUUCUUCAUGUCACUUUUGCACAUGGUUUAGGAGGUCCUACGAGUUACAAAGAAAAGUUCGUGAAGAUAGAUAACGAAAAUCGUAUUAAAAUAGCAGAAAUGGUUGAAGGAGGUUACUUAGAUCUUGGGUUUACUCUUUACAAGUUUCGUGUGGAGAUAAUUGAAAAGAGUGAAGAAAGUUGCAUUGUAAAAUCAAGUGUUGAAUAUGAACUGGAGGAAGAAGCUACUUCAAAUAUUUCAUUGGCAAGUGUUCAAUCUUUGGUAGUCAUUGCUCAAGCUGUCAACAAAUAUUUCCUCAACACUACUCAUCAACCACACCUUAAAGAUGAUGCAUAACUCAAUUCAAUUUAUAUCAGUACCUUAGUAUUGGUUUUUGCUUAAUUAACGUCCUGUUUGAUAACAAUUAUUUGGGUUUUAAGAAUUAUGCAUAAUUUAUACCUACUUACAUAUCCAGUUCCAUUCAAUUAUUAUUGUUGUUAUUAUAUUAUUUGUACAUAAAAUGUAUCAAGUGGAGAAAUUCAACA